AUGGCACAGAAAUGUAGCCUUCCAGUCCGGGAACCGAUUCCUGGAACUAAUCUCGUUCCUGAGGAUGUCCUACCCAAAGAGGUUUCUAUGGAAAGAAUGCAGAAGCUCGCACUACAGGCUUUUUUCUAUGACUAUUCGAUAUGCACAGUCACGCAAUCCAUGUCAGGAGGUUUCCUGGGUGGACUAGAGGCAAUGGUUCGAAAGUAUUUAGCCAAGCGGAUACAAGCACACUACGCUUCUGACUCUGAGCCAUUCGCUAUCGCAAUAUUACUGGGACUUUAUCAGAUAAUUGUUGCCAAUGCAAGCAGCCCUGGUCACCAUACAGCGCAUGCGAAAGGUGCAGCUGCAAUUUUACAAAUUGAAAACAAUCCCUUAUAUCUCAUACAAGCAAGCCUAACUAGUCAUCCAUUACUCCUAGACGGCAAUCAAAGUUGUCACUCUACAACAGGCAAAUAUAGUACCGAUCGUCAAAUGUAUGAGUUUUUAAUUCGACUUGAUCCAAUAUGGAAACGAACAGAGGACCUCCUUGCAGGAUCACCUUUUGCAGUCGACUCUGAUGUGCUUCUCCUUCUCAAAAUAGAAGCAGUAAAACUCAACGACGACAUUUCCCUUUGGCAGAAGUCUCAAAAUGAGGAAAUCAAAGCUGUCACAAUAGAUUCAGGGCCUCCCCCAAAUCUAACCCAUGGAGUAGGCUAUUGGCCCGGAAGAGUCGAUAUGUACAUUGAUCUCUAUGUUGCAACACUUUGGAACGUGUCCCGCAUUGUCAGAUGCCUGUUAAUUACUUUGAUCACUCGAUUGUCCGGUAUUCUCUGUGACGGUGUGAACCACGAUGCUGAUCGGUUGGAAGUAUCCAAUCUUGUGGAGGAUAUGCUUGCGUCUAUUCCAUAUCAUCUCUCAGAGGAUCUACAGGUCUUCUUGCGUGAGCGUCACGAACACACCGAAAUCACUAACCCUGGUCGGUCGGUCGGUGGUUUAUUGCUCAUGCACCCGAUUUAUCUGGCUGCUUAUCUAGACAUCAUUCCGUCAGAUAGGCGUCUGUAUUUUAAAAAGUGUCUGGUUUGGAUAGCGCAGAGAAUGGGAGUUGGACAGGCUGCCUUUUUGGCGCAGGCACCGCAGGUUGACAAUCAGUACUUUGCGGGUGGUUGUCUCAUUGUAUUGGCAGGACUACUCCUUUAG